UUAGUACUACAAACUACAAGGUGGGCUGUGUAAUUUUCCCACGAAAAUCUGAUUGACAGGGAGGGCUUUUGUUUGAAAGUUUAGGGUUGCUAGGUUCAUGAAUCAAUCGAAAGUGGAGACUCAAUAUUUGAUUUUUUUUUUUCCAUGAAUAAUUAGAGACUGAAGUGAAUCGAUAGAAACAAAAAUGUUUCGCAGUCCUAGAUGUUUCUGUUUUCGUCAAUUCAUCCAUGGCCGUUCUCUUCUUGGCAGCAGCUUCACUUCAAGCUCAAGCUCAACUUCAAUUUCUGAGAUGAGUAAAUCUUUCUUAUUAAUAAACAAUGCUGCAAGAACAAGAACAUGGAAUCGUUUUCCCCCAAUCAACGCUUUCCUUUCGGACUCUAAUCAUUACUAUAAAAUUCAACACGGUGCAGUGUUGUUUUCUACAGCUUCAACAUCGGAACCGGUUCCGAACAAGAACAAACCGGCAGUUUCCGCCCCUAGUAACAAUCAAGUUGCGGACAUGAAGAUUCUGCGGACUCUUGCGAGUUACUUGUGGAUGAAAGACAAUGUUGAGUUUCGUUUAAGAGUAAUUACUGCUUUGGGGUUUUUGGUUGGAGCUAAAGUUUUGAAUGUUCAAGUUCCUUUUCUUUUCAAGCUUGCUGUUGAUUGGCUAAAUAAUGAUAAUGCUAAUGCUAAUUCUAUUCUAUUAGCUCUUUUUGCUACCCCAGCUGCGGUUUUAAUCGGUUAUGGGAUUGCCCGCUCAGGGGCUUCUGCUUUCAACGAGCUAAGGACUGCUGUGUUUUCCAAGGUUGCGCUGCGGACAAUCCGUUCUGUAUCUAGGAAGGUGUUCUCACAUUUGCAUGACCUUGACCUUCGAUAUCAUCUUAGCCGAGAAACAGGUGCUUUAAAUAGAAUAAUUGACCGUGGUAGCCGAGGAAUAAAUUUCAUUCUCUCUUCUAUGGUUUUCAAUGUUGUACCCACCAUUUUAGAGAUAUCAAUGGUGUCAGGCAUACUGGCAUACAAAUUUGGAGCACCUUUUGCAUGGAUCACUUCACUUUCUGUUGCUGCCUAUGUUGUCUUCACAUUGUCAGUGACACAGUGGCGGACAAAGUUUAGGAAGGUCAUGAAUAAAGCUGAUAAUGAUGCAAGUACGAGGGCAAUUGAUUCAUUAAUCAAUUAUGAGACUGUUAAAUAUUUCAACAAUGAAUCUUUUGAAGAAGAAAAAUAUGAUGAGUUCUUACAGAGGUAUGAAGAUGCCGCCUUGAAAACACAGAGAAGUCUUGCUUUUCUGAAUUUUGGUCAAAAUGUGAUAUUUAGCACAGCUCUCUCUGCAGCUAUGGUGCUGUGUUCACAAGGGAUUAUGAAUGGAGAGAUGACAGUUGGUGAUUUGGUUAUGGUGAAUGGACUUCUAUUCCAGCUGUCGCUUCCGCUCAAUUUUCUUGGUAGUGUUUAUCGUGAGACCAUACAAAGUCUUGUGGACAUGAAGUCAAUGUUUCAGUUACUGGAGGUAAAGGCUGAGAUUCAAGAUAAAGAUAAUGCAAAACCUCUGAAGUUGAAUGGGGGUAGCAUCCAGUUUGAAAAUGUGCACUUCAGUUACCUGACAGAAAGAAAGAUUCUUGAUGGGGUAUCUUUUGUAGUCCCGGCUGGAAAAAGUGUGGCUAUUGUUGGAACCAGUGGCAGUGGCAAGUCCACCAUUCUUAGAUUGCUCUUCAGGUUUUUUGAUGCCCAUUCUGGAAGUAUAAGGAUUGAUGGUCAGGACAUACGAGAGGUAACAUUGGAAAGCUUACGGAAAUCUGUUGGUGUUGUACCACAGGAUACAGUUCUUUUCAAUGAUACAAUAUUUCACAACAUCCGAUAUGGACGUCUUUCAGCAACAGAAGCAGAGGUCUAUGAUGCUGCCCGCCGUGCAGCAAUUCAUGAAACGAUCAUGAACUUCCCUGAUAAAUAUUCUACUGUGGUAGGGGAACGAGGGCUCAAGUUAAGUGGUGGUGAGAAGCAGCGUGUUGCCUUAGCUCGUGCAUUCUUGAAAGCACCUGCUAUUCUGUUAUGUGAUGAAGCUACUAGUGCACUUGACAGUACAACCGAAGCAGAGAUAUUAAAUGCAUUAAAAUCACUAGCAAGUAAUAGAACCUCAGUCUUUAUAGCUCACAGGCUCACAACGGCAAUGCAAUGUGAUGAGAUAAUGGUUUUGGAGAACGGGAAGGUAAUCGAACAGGGACCCCAUGAAGUUUUAUUGACAAAAGCAGGGAGAUAUGCUCAGCUAUGGGGACAACAAAACAAUAACGUGGAUGCCCUUGAUACAGCCGAUAAAUCGCCAUGAAACUAAAAUUAUACGCAUAAAUAUAAAUAAUCUUGUUUAAAUAUUUACAUUAUAAUUUUUGUAAAAAUCUGUAGAUGUAAGCUUUCCCCAAUUCUUGUAGCUUCAUCGCAUAUAUCGGAUGAGAUUUAAAUCCUGAUGUUUAGGUGAAUUUGUGGCACGAUUUAUUGCAAGUUCCAUGAUUUUGGACAAACUUAGAGAAAAUAUGGAAGUGCAAAAGGGCAAUUGAAUAAUAUUUUAGAUUCA